AUGUGGGGACAAGGACCAGUGAAGUGCUCUGAGAUUGUCGCGGGUGAGUCGCAGAGCGAAGAAUCCGAGAAGGGGUUUGGUGGUCCGAGUCGUUUUGGUGUUUGGAAGUCUUGGCCUUAG